UGAUCCUGUAUAAGGGUGCAGUUUGUCGCGUUGACGCUAUUCUAGUUUCUGCUCUCAGUAAGAAGUUUGUAAACUAGAAUAAGUAAAUAAAUAUGUCUGGACGUGGAAAAGGUGCCGGCAAAGCCAGAGCCAAGGCAAAGACCCGCUCCUCUCGGGCAGGACUCCAGUUUCCAGUCGGUCGUGUCCACAGGCUGCUGAGGAAGGGCAACUAUGCGGAGCGUGUGGGUGCCGGCGCCCCCGUCUACCUGGCGGCUGUGCUGGAGUACCUGACCGCUGAGAUCCUGGAGCUGGCUGGAAACGCUGCCCGCGACAACAAGAAGACCCGCAUCAUCCCCCGUCACCUGCAGCUGGCUGUCCGCAACGACGAGGAGCUCAACAAGCUGCUGGGCGGAGUUACCAUCGCUCAGGGCGGCGUGCUGCCCAACAUCCAGGCUGUCCUGCUGCCCAAGAAGACCGAGAAGGCCGCCAAGUCCAAGUGAAGUUGGAGACCCGCUCAGCAACACAAAGGUUCUUUUCAGAGCCACACACAAACUCUCAAUGAGCAUCUAAACACCAAUACUCAGCUUUAAUCUCAAGAGUUAUUUCACUUGUUCAUGUGACAUUUAGAGUUAAAUUAAUCUUCUACAUCCAUAUAUCUGACUCAAUCACAUGCUGCUAAUUCUGGUAUAACCUACUCAAACUAAAGUUUCUGUCGGACACUGAUUUAUUAAGAUCCAUAUGAGAACUCAUUGUCAUUACAGUAGGGAUGAGCCUUGUCCAUUUUUAUUAUACUCCAAUAUUAAAUUGCCAGUCAUCUCACUGAUUCUAGUAUUUGAUUUGGUUUUAUACGAUUUUUGUUGUGUAGUUUUGGGUGGUAUUUAUAUGCCGAUCAUAUGCAUAUCUAAACGCUUUAACAACAUUACAUUUAAAGUGGAGUUAAAUCAUUUCGUGUUACAUUGUUUAAUCUAUAUAAUUUAAAAAGAAACAUUUACUUUUCGUCAGUUUGGCUCCGCCCACUGAAACUGUCACCGACUGUCCUCUCUUACGUCCGCAGCUCAGGAGCUAUAUAUAUCAAAUGUUUUUAACACAACAGUCUUUUUUUUAAUGAAAAUGUUCAUUCAGGACAC